AUGCAACUCACAUCGUCGCCAGAACAACUGGAAGUGAGUUUUGGGAUUAAUCGGUCGGGUGAGGAGUCUGCUUCUCGGAGGUCAACCGUGGAUGAUCCACCGGGAACAGCUGAGGAAGCCCUUCCCCAUUCGACGGCUGCACAGUUGGAAAUGGAUUUAUAUCAAACAAGUCUUGUACUUCCCCCGAUUCCCUCACCUUUGAUCUGCAAAGAAGACAAUAAAAUAACUGGAGGUGAAACGGUUGACGGUAGCGAUGGGGCAGGGAAGGCGGCCACAAACCACGCUUGUGGUCCGGCGGGCCCAGAUCACCUCCAGUAUGACGCAACCGAAACACUGGAAGUUCAGUUAAACAGACCACGUGAGAAAGGACUGGGAUUGACGGUGGUCGGUUAUGUGUACAAACGGCAUUCACAAGAUACACACUAUCAAUACGGUAUUUUCAUCCGGGCAAUCACUCCGGGUAGCGUCGCUGACAAGUCCGCUCAACUUCAAGUUCAAGAUCAAAUAGUGAAGGUCAACGACAAGGCUCUCUUGGGGUUAGAUAACGUGAAUGCUGUCGCUGCGCUCAAAGAGGCUGAAAAUCCCAUCGUGCUGUCCGUGCUGCGUCAUAGAAAAGGGUUUCUUCAUGAACAGCUGAUGCAAGCAGAUUCAAGGCACCUAUCACUGUCCUUAUUCCGCGCACACAACAAUGCACGUGAGCAAGAACGAAAAGCAGUCUACGAGUACUCAAAGACGGACCGAAAUACCACAUUAGUUGAUCUGUGCACACAAGGUGAACAACUCAUACAGAGAGAUGAUCCGAAGAACCGCUCCUUCAGUUUGGAUGCUAUUAAAAGUCCCCUUAUUUUGGAAUUGAUUGAAGACUUGGAUUUUGGAAAUUCGUUCACUACACACAGCUCUACUCUUGAGACCCCUCUCCUCUUACCAGAAGAUGAAAAGCUCCUUGAACUAGGGCAAAAUGAGAAAACAAGAGGCUCAAAUUGCAGCGAGCUUUCUGCGCAAUACAGCUCGCUUGAGAAGUUAGUAACUUGCCAACGACAACACAACGAUACCACCAACAACCAGGACGGUUUUUGGCUGAGUGCUAAACACUCGAACAUGCCAAACGGUCUGUGGUCUACCGAAAGAAAUGGAUCGACCAGCUGUUCCAAGAAUUCUGCUAGAAAAUUUUCUCCAACGGGUAUGACAGCCACGCGUAAUCUGCCGAUUGAUUACAGUCUAUUUUAUGCAUCUGGUGUCCACUUAUGGUAUCCCUCAAUACGAUUCGACGUGUCAGCACCUUAA